UGUAACUACUCGCAGGGUGCUCCGGCGAACGGUUUGGCGCUGCUCUCCGUGGAAGUCCCGCUUGGAAGGAACCCGAACGGGCUUAGCCCCUUCUUCUCCCGCUACCGGACUGUUCCACUCCUAGCACAGGAAACGGGGAAUUCUCCAGCGGCCGGGGAACUCCUUGCCCGCAAUGUCUCCUGCCUCCUGAACCCGAAGGCGGCCUUGCGGGGAGGAAGCAGCGGCGGCCUCAAAGAGACUCCCGGUAAAGCAGGCGGCGGGCGAGACAAAGGAGCGGCCAGCUUCCCGCCGCACUCCCUCGCUCUGCCCCCCCCCCCUGCAGUGGAAGCUCUGGCGGCGGCGGCUGGUUCGAGACUGAGUUGAGCAGGGGGCGCGCGCGCGCGCACUGUGGCUGGUCCGCGGGCGCAGGGGGAGCGAGCGCGCGGCCAGGACGCCCCCCCCCCGAGAGCCAGAGGAGCAAGAUGCUUGAAUUGGCUGAUAUCUUUAAUGCCCCAAGUGAUGAUGAAGAUUUUCUUGGUUUUGAACCUGAUGUUCCCAUGGAAACGCUGUCAUUGGAGGAUAGCUUUGGAAGUUGUGAUUCAUUGGAGUCAAGAAAAAAGGAUGGUGAUUUGCAGUCGAAGUACCUGACAAAGGAGCUGAGAAGCAUUUUCACAGAAAGUACAGAUUCAGAAAAUGAAGUGUUUGAAGGUUUUUCUUCAAAAGAGCUGGAAGUAAAUGGGAAGAAGGAUGUGGAGGUGAUGGAUUCUGAUCUGAACAAUGAAAGUGACACUUUAUCUGUGAUGACUGCAGAGGAGGAGGAAGAGAAAGGGAGGGCUUCCUCUAAAAAAAGAAGCCUUGGCUUUCGUGUUGCAUUGCAGUUUCCCACUAAGAAAUCUGCUGAGAAGGUUGACUCCAAGUUCUGCUUGAAGGACACUAAACACCCUUACUCUCUCACAAGACGAAAAAAUAAUAAAACCUGGAAGAAACUAGACCAGGAGACUUCCUCAGAGUCUGAAGAAGAUGCCAAAGAGGCAUCAAAAGAUAGCUCUAGCACACUGCUUAAAAGAGCUAUGAACAUCAAAGAAAAUAAGGCCGUGCUUGCUCAGUUAUUAGCAGAACUGAAUUCUAUACCUGACCUAUUUCCAAUGAAAACCCCAACCUCAACUCCUUCUAAACAGAAGAAAACGCCAAAGAGAAUUUUUUCAGAGGGCCAAAUAGAGCGUCGUACGAACCCAACCAGGAAUGCUCGCCCCCCGGAGAAGUUUGGUUUGGAAAAUGUUGCUUUUUCUGCUGUCAGAUUUGCUGAACAGUUUAACAAUUACAGGCGACAAAACAGUUUGCAGAAAAGACUAAAAGAGGGUAAUUUGAAGGUACUCAGAAGAAGACGAUCAUCAAAAUAUUGUUCAUUCCGAUCAGUUGAAGAUAUUACUGAUGAGGAUUUGGAAAACAUUGCAAUAACAGUUAAAGAUAAAAUCUAUGAUAAGGUCCUGGGAAGUACAUGCCAUCAGUGUCGACAGAAGACAAUUGAUACAAAGACAGUUUGUCGUAAUGAAGGCUGUGGAGGUGUGAGGGGACAGUUCUGUGGACCAUGCCUCCGUAAUCGCUAUGGAGAAGAUGUGAAAUCAGCACUUCUAGACCCAGAUUGGGUCUGUCCUCCUUGCCGAGGCAUAUGUAACUGUAGCUACUGUCGCAAACGGGAUGGUCGUUGUGCUACAGGGAUGCUUAUCCACUUGGCAAAGUUCUAUGGUUAUGACAAUGUGAAAGAAUAUCUUGAAAGCUUGCAAAAGCAGCUUGCUGAGGAUGACUGAAGAUACUGGAAGUAGAUGCGCAACACUCACAACUUGAUGACUUUAUUUUUUUACUGUUUUAAAUCAGAGUUGGAGAAUUUAAAAUUUUAUUGCAAUGAUGUUUUUAAAAUAUAGAAGUAUAGAUAGAAGCCGUUUGGUUGCUUUUUUAAAACUGAUGCUGAAUGUACUACAAGGAUUUCUCAGGAAAAUAUCAGUUAAAAGGAAUCCACGUUAUACAUUCAUUUUGCCAUUAUAUACUAUAUUUUUGUGAAACUCUUACAAAAAAGAACGGAGGUUAAAACAGCUUCCAUUCAUUUCAGCAGGGCCUGUACAGGAGAAGUACCUCUGGAUUGUGCUGUUUAGGAGGAGACUGCAUCUGUGAAUAGCUGAUUUUCAGUGGAGCUGCAGGGCCUAUUAAAGGGCUACUCUUAAUUGCUUUAGAAAUGUUUUAAAUCAAUCUCUUAGAUUUUACUAAUUUAACAUUGGAGCACUAAUUUUAAUGCUACUAAGAGAAUUUCAUUACACUAGCUUUCUAGAGUUGGCAUUUUUUCUUAACACCAACAAAUUUUUCUUUUGGCAUGAGUUAAAACAAACAAACCUCCAUCAAAAAGUACAUUUAAAUUAAGAAAUUGUAAUGUGAAUUUUGUUGGUAUUUUUUGUGUUUGUUUUCCCUGCCUUCCAAACUCAUUCUGUCUUCUGCACAGUACAAACAAUCUCUUCCAGAGUGUGGAGAAAUCCUUACAUGCAGUUUGACCACUGCAGAAUUUUUUGAAUAGUUAGUUGAUUUUAAACAUCGUGUGCCUCAGAGGCAAAACUGAAAUGUGUCCAAGUAUUCAGAUGUUACAUAAGCUGGGAGCUUCACUGUUUGAAGCGACCCAGAAUCUGAAACAAAACCACUAUGACCAAGAGAGCAGAGGACGAGCACGUUAUCAUGCUGUUUUGAAUCUGUUUCCAUAUGCAAUAUACAAGCUGUUGCAGCUAAUUAGCAGGGGCAAUAAGAUUAUCUUAUACACUGGAGUUUUUAAAUUAAACUUUAUUUUGAUAUUUUAUAGUGAUGCUAUAAUUAGCAAGAGAAACACAUUUUUCAAGGUGCCUACUUUGGAAAGAAGAGGAGGAAAUGUUGCUUCGACUAUUUUUGAGAUAGAAUUGAAUAUCAUAAAUACUUAUCUAGUUUGGAUUAAAGGCAGGUGCUUAUGUAUUGUUACAUUUUGUAUUUAAGAUGCGAUGCACAGCUUAGCUCCCCUCCCCCCAGUAUGACACUGAUCCUGAGGCCUUUUGGUGAUACUGAGAAGUAACAUUUAGACAUAGACAUAAUUUCUGCGUUAUGAUUAGAUGGGAACAGAUGGCUUGUAUAGCAAAGGC